AUGCAAAGCCCUAUAAAAGAGAUAGACAUAAUAAACGCAAUCUUGGGAGACGAAGGCAUUCUUCGUUACAAUGCAACCAAGAACCGGUUCCAAACCGAAGCCCACCCGGGUUUGCCUCCCACCAACCUUCUUCGCAUAUACAAGUCAACACCUAGUUUGGUGGAGGAAAACACGAUAACUUCCUAUCGCACUAAUCUUCUGCGACUGCGCCGGAAGAUCGAAGAGCGCAAGAUAAAAACAGUUGAAAUUAUCCACGAAGACCCGCUCAGGCACACCAGCCAGGUCACCCUAACCCAAACAGUGCAAACCGAGGAGCAAAUUGUGCCUACUCCGAUUGGUACCGAUUUGCAGCCCCAGCCAACCCUCGCCAGUGUAAGCCUAAUUCCGCACGAAAUCACUGAAGUGGCGUCGCUUGAGCUGUUCAGAACAGCCACAGUCACUGGGAAUGCCAAAGCCUUCUACAACAAGAAAAUGCGACCGACCACCAUCACCAUCCAGGGCACAACUCUUGACACCCGUAUCUACAAUACAAAGGGAGAAGAACUAAUUUCAACGACCACCGAUCUGACCCUUUCUCGACUAUACGUAGUAGUAAACGGUCCCCGCCGAAUGCUGCCGUGUCUCGCUCCAACGAAGAAGAAAGUGCAGCUAGAAAAGGAGAUUGAGCUAGUUAAUGUCACUCGCGGAACGCACAGUUAUGAAAUUAUCAUGAAAAACACCAACACCGGCGAGUUUAUCAAAGAAAGCAUGCAGACCUUGGAAUUUUCCAUUCUGGACUCAUACAGCCAGCAUCUUCUCUAUCAGGUAGAGUGCACUAGCGAGUUCAUUAAGUGGCUCCUUAUUAUGAAGAUUCGAAUGCAUACCGUUGAUCUCUGGGAGAAGAAUGACUUACUUGAGAAUAUUCGCAAGUAA